AUGUCUGUCACAGUUUAUUUUGUCCGUCAUGGAGAGAGAUUAGACCACAUAGAUCCUGAUUUCAUGAAUACGUCUCCUACACCUUAUGAUCCACCCUUGACAGACUUUGGCAUUAUGCAAGCAAAAAGAACAGGCAGUUACAUUAAGCACGCACAAUCCGAGAGAACGGCAGGAAAUAAUUUGCCUACAGAGUAUGUCGUAUAUACUUCACCUUUUUUAAGAACUAUACAGUCAGCUCUUAGUAUAGCAGAGGAAAUCGAUAAUGGGACAAUAGUACGACUCGAACCGGCUAUCAGUGAAUGGCACGGUAACACGUAUUUUAACCAAGCAGUGCCAGAUAGCUUAAUAAAUACGGGUAUAGAGCGGAUUCAACAAAUGACGGCAACGUCUAGUUCAUCAUAUUCAGUGGAUUGGUCGUAUGUUCCUGUGUUAUCCACUUUAGCUAAAUUUCCCGAGAGCCUGCAACAAGUCAUUGAUCGUUGUAAAAAGGCCCUCAACGGCAUUACUCAGCCUUAUAUUACAGCCUACCAGAAUUCCACAUCACCAAAAAAUGUAGUUUUGAUCAUUGUAACUCACGGAUGGUGUGUGAAUGUACUUCUAGAAGCAUGUUCGAGAAGUGCGUUAUGGAUAAACGUGAGUUACUGUGCUAUAUCAAGGGCAACUUGGAUACCGGGUGAAAGAGAAGAGGUAGUCCCUGGAACGCGAAAAGUAAGAAUAGUAAUUGAAGAGGAUGAAGACUUAUCAAAGAAUACUGGAAGAUGGGAAGUGGACUUGGUUAGUAGCGACGAGCAUUUAAAAGGACUUUUAUAG